AUGGGUUGCGGUGGAUCUAAACCCGAAGUCGAAUCCAGAGCGGCACCCCCCGCAGGAGAGGCACCUGCGCCAGCUCCAGCGGAAACAACACCGGCUCCAGCUCCUGCCCCGGCCCCUGCACCGGCCCCUGCUCCUGCCCCGGCCCCGGCUCCAGCACCAGCUCCUGCUCCAGCACCAGCUCCAGCGCCAGCACCAGCUCCUGCACAAGCCCCGGCACCAGCGCCUACACCCGCGGCGGCACCAGCGCCAGCCCCUGCCACAGUAGCUCCUGGCGAGAAUCCACACUUGGCGGUGCCCGAACCAAAGAAAUACGAAUUUCAAAAGCCCGCAUGGACCAAUCGCGGCAAGGACGUUCCCGAAACCACGGGCGGUCCAGACCUGGUCGCCGAUCCCAACGCUCCCAAAAAUACCAUGACGAAUACCGGAGGCAUCAGUACGGGUGCCCACAAGAUGGUCGUGGGGGAUGGUGUGGCCAGCAAGGUGGCAGCGUUAAAAUCAGGUGGUGGACUCAAUCCGGCCAUUGUUAAGAAACGUAAAAUGAAGACUCCCAAGAUUGUGACCGAUACCAAGGAGACUACCGAUGGGGCUGGAAACAUUACGCGAGAGAUUACGAGGUACAUUACCGAGCCGGAUGGUACCAAACGGACCGAAAAGGAAGUUGUUAAGAUUCCAGCUGGCGGCAAUUAA